AUGCGGUGUGAUUCCCGGGAAACUCUCCGGAAACUCAGUAGCGUCUGUGGCGAGGUUGGCGACAGCAGCGACGCCGAGGAUGCCGUGAGGAUGGUAGCCAAAGAUGUACGGACGAUCGGCCGGAAGGUUGGUCGUCUUGAUCAUGGAGAUGGGGAAGUAUUCGGCAAAGUAGCGAAACACGGGGAGUUUCCGGACCCAGGAGAAACGUCGUCCGCCAUUUUCCGCGGCUUGAUCGAUAAAGUUGAUCCAGAUGAGGUAGGGGACGAGGAUGGGCCAAAAGAUGGGGAAGGAGAGGAGGAGGAAGAAGAUGCUGAGACAGAUGGGGAGCAGCAACGCCCAGAAGAGCACGCCGAGCGUUUGCAGUCGACGACUGCGUGGGAUCGAGACCGGAGCAAAGCUGUUGACGCAAGAAGGAAAGAUGAUCAGUAUUCUUCGCGGUAA